GUCGACUAUAUCUACGCCACCUACGACGCAACCUGCGGAAAGAGUUACUGAACUGUGUAAACAACGGGAGCUGAUGUCUAUGCUCUCAGGUGCUGAACAGCAGCAGUUGAGCGCUUCAGUAAUGGGGAGUAUAGAAGAACCGGCGGUUGUCACAGCGCAGCGUUCACCGGUUUCACCGCGGAGCGACCACAUCUCCUUCCUGGAGGGACACAACCUGUACGUCUGGGGGGGCUGCCAGUGUGUGGAUGGACAAGAAACCUUUGUGCCCAGUGAUGAGAUCUGGCUUUAUGACAUGGAGAGUGGAGUUUGGUCUCUGAGACAUAUGGGCGGAGAGGUUCCUCCUGUUCUUUCACAUGCUUGUGGUGCAUAUCUUCAGGGCAUGCUUUACAUUUUUGGGGGAUGUGACAUCAAUGGCCACACCAACACGAUGUAUUGUGUUGACCUGUUGGGUGUGGAAUAUAGCUGGAAAAAAGUGACAGACACAGUGGGAGGGACACCCUCUCCUAGGGUCAGACAUUCAUGCUGGGUCUACAAAAACAGGCUCAUCUACUUUGGUGGAUAUGGUUGCAAAACAGUCAGAGAGGUCAACAACUCCAAGAGCUUUAUGGUUGACGAGACUAGCCGGGCAACAAUCGGGUCAGAUAUUUUCCAGUUUUGGGGUUGGAAUAAUGAGGUGCAUAUGUUUGAACCUGUGACAGCCACAUGGACUGAACCACAAACCCAGGGCCAGCCUCCAGAGCCCCGGUCCUCACAUGCCAGUACUACUUUAGGUCAUAAGGGCUAUAUCUGUGGAGGCCUGGAAAUGCAGAUGAUAGACAUUCAUUGUUUAGAUCUGGUAACAUGGACGUGGACACAAAUUGAACAUCAGGCUGCUUCUUUUCCAUGGGGUCGCACUCUUCACACACUGACUGCCAUCUCAGAUGACACACUCUUCCUGUUUGGAGGCCUCAGUACUUCUGGGGAUGUUCUCAGCGAUGGGUGGGAAUUUAACACUAAAACAAGAGAAUGGAGAGAGAAAGACCAUGCACAUAAAGACAAGCCCAGGUUAUGGCAUUCUGCUGAUAAGGGGAGAGACAGUGAUGUAGUCAUUUUUGGAGGAAGCCAGACCUACCUCUUUGUAAUGGAUUCAGUUGCAGUUCUCAGGUCUCCCUCUCAGAAUCACUGUGCAGAUGUGCUAGUGUUUCAGACUCAACCGUACUCCCUGUCAAGAUUAUGUGAAGACUGCAUAGGCAAACACAUAUUUUCUGUCCAAGAGCAGGCGUUGUGGUUACCGGCCAAGCUUCAGAAGACAAUUGGCAAGAGGAUAUCCUAUUUCAGGGCAAAUGCUCAAAAUAUAGAUGCAGGUUCAUUGGUUCAUAAGGGUGGUCCUUGAUUAUUUUAAGAAUAUUUCUGUCCAAGAACUCCAAUUAAAGAAUUCCAAAAACAAUUAAAUACAAUUAUUAAUUUUAAAAUGAAACAUGAUGAUUAUUAUUAUUAUAAAUUGAGCGAUUAUGUUCUAAAAACCCUUUGACGUAAAAAAAAACAAAAAAAACUUUUUGUAUAAAUUUUAGUGGUAGCCCAAUGUAUAAUUGCAGCCCUUGAUGUUGUUGACCCAAAAACAUCAAUAAGUCACAAUAAAACAAACAAAUAAGAUUGGUAAUGUUGGGCACCCAUGAAACACUUACACUUUAAAAACUUUAUCACUUUAUUAUUCAAUAUAAUGGACUGGAAUGCUUUUGUUACAAAAUAACAAUGGAAUGAUAUUCUAUACUUUUUAUAUUUAUUUGACCUUGAACAAGUUUUUUGUUGAUUCCAAAUAUUCCCUCAAAGUGCAAAAUACAGUAUUUUACAGAGGGAGUCUGUAACUGUUCUGCAGUGUUUGACCACAGUUUAAGAGUCUGUACUAAAGACAUUGUUUGCCUGAUGAAUGUUGUUCAUUCAUAUGCCCAUUUACAUAAUGUAAACAAUUUAAACAGAGCAGUGAAGUGUUACACAACCCCAUCAAAAUAAACAGAAAAAAACUAAAACCCUGUGGGAAAAUAUGGAACUAAAAAAUUUACUAAAGUUUUAGAAACAAAAAUUGCAAUAAUUGUAAAAGAAAAUCCAUAAAUUCAGUGGUUCAAAUUCAGCAGAAUAUUCAACAUUGCAAAUCUGGGAACUGCAGGUACUGCUGUUAGUCAGCCAGCUGUUAGUCACAAAAACUGGUUUGCCGAAAUGGGC